AUGCGGGACCCGCGGGGCGCCAAGCCGCCCCUGGACCCGGUACGCCUUGUGCUGCCCGUGCCUGUGCUGCCCGUGCCUGUGCUGCCCGUGCCUGUGCUGCCCGUGCCUGUGCUGCCUGUGCCUGUUGCUGCCCGUGCCUGUUGCUGCCCGUGCCUGUGCUGCCCGUGCCUGUGCUGCCCGUGCCUGUGCUGCCCGUGCCUGUUGCUGCCCGUGCCUGUGCUGCCCGUGCCUGUGCUGCCCGUGCCUGUGCUGCCGUGCCUGUGCUGCCUGUGCCUGUUGCUGCCCGUGCCUGUUGCUGCCCGUGCAUGUGCUGCCCGUGCCUGUGCUGCCCAUGCCUGUGCUGCCCGUGCCUGUGCUGCCCGUGCCUGUGCUGCCCGUGCCUGUUGCUGCCCGUGCCUGUGCUGCCCGUGCCUGUUGCUGCCCGUGCCUGUGCUGCCCGUGCCUGUGCUGCCCGUGCCUGUGCUGCCCGUGCCUGUGCUGCCCGUGCCUGUGCUGCCCGUGCCUGUUGCUGCCCGUGCCUGUGCUGCCGGUGCCUGUGCUGCCCGUGCCUGUUGCUGCCCGUGCCUGUGCUGCCCGUGCCUGUGCUGCCCGUGCCUGUGCUGCCCGUGCCUGUGCUGCCUGUGCCUGUUGCUGCCCGUGCCUGUGCUGCCCGUGCCUGUGCUGCCCGUGCCUGUGCUGCCCGUGCCUGUGCUGCCCGUGCCUGUUGCUGCCCGUGCCUGUGCUGCCCGUGCCUGUGCUGCCCGUGCCUGUGCUGCCCGUGCCUGUUGCUGCCCGUGCCUGUGCUGCCCGUGCCUGUGCUGCCCGUGCCUGUGCUGCCCGUGCCUGUGCUGCCUGUGCCUGUUGCUGCCCGUGCCUGUCCUGCCCGUGCCUGUGCUGCCCGUGCCUGUGCUGCCCGUGCCUGUGCUGCCCGUGCCUGUUGCUGCCCGUGCCUGUGCUGCCCGUGCCUGUGCUGCCCGUGCCUGUGCUGCCCGUGCCUGUUGCUGCCUGUGCCUGUGCUGCCCGUGCCUGUGCUGCCCGUGCCUGUGCUGCCCGUGCCUGUGCUGCCUGUGCCUGUUGCUGCCCGUGCCUGUGCUGCCCGUGCCUGUGCUGUCCGUGCCUGUUGCUGCCCGUGCCUGUGCUGCCCGUGCCUGUGCUGCCCGUGCCUGUGCUGCCCGUGCCCGUGCUGCCCGUGCCUGUUGCUGCCCGUGCCUGUGCUGCCCGUGCCUGUGCUGCCCGUGCCUGUGCUGCCCGUGCUUGUGCUGCCUGUGCCUGUUGCUGCCCGUGCCUGUGCUGCCCGUGCCUGUGCUGCCCGUGCCUGUGCUGCCCGUGCCUGUUGCUGCCCGUGUCUUGUGCUCGCGCCCCCGUGCGCUCUGCUACUGGGUGUAG